AGCCAAGUAGGUCCUCAACUCUGACCAGUUGUAAAGACUCACUCCCUUCUGUCUGUUGUCCACGAGCCUCCGUUGUCAGCUUCACCUUCAUCCUCCUCAACCGCCAUCUGAGAGAAGUUAUAUCCCGAUCAUGGCGGUGACCAACCAACCAGGCAUGUACCAGCCCUCUGACUUCCAGACCAACCUGUGUGAUGUCUGCGACGACUGUGGAACCUGCAUGUAUGUUGUGUGUUUCUACCCGUGCACGGGCUGCUCCAUCGCCAGUGACAUGGGCGAGUGCUGCUGCUGUGGUCUGGGGAUGCCCAUCCGCAGCGUCUACAGGACCAGAUAUAACAUCAGAGGUUCAAUGUGCAAAGACUUCAUGGCGUCCGUGUUUUGCUCCCUCUGUGCUACCUGCCAGCUGAAGAGAGACAUUGACCUCAGAAAGGAGCAAGGCAUUUUCUGAU